CGGAAAACCCGUACAAUCAGUUUACCGGCGUCUUGUAUUGAGGCUUCAGCGACCAGACGCAUGAGCAUCCGUUCAGACAGAGACUGUGUGAUUUUCUUCCAACAAAGAUAUUAAAUUCGUGCCGAAGAUGUUGUGUUUAAGCGGGUUGUCGGUGGCUCUUGCGCUCUCUCUGGUGCCCGGUCCCUCUGAAGCCCUGAAGGAAGGAGAUUGUGAAGUGUGUUUGACCUUCCUCGGGAAGUUUUACCAGUCGCUAGAGGACAACAAUGUAAACUUCAAGAGCGGAGACAUCGAGAAGGCCCUUAUGAAGACCUGUAAAGAUGCUAGAGGCAAAGAAAACCGCUUUUGUUACUACAUCGGGGCAACAAGUGACGCAGCCACCAAGAUAGUCAACGAGGUGUCCAAGCCGCUCAGCUACCACGUCCCAGUGGAGAAGAUCUGUGAGAAACUCAAGAAGAAGGACGGUCAGAUCUGUGAACUGAAAUACGACAAACUGCUGGACCUGAGCACGGUGGACCUGAAAAAGCUUAAAGUGAAGGACCUGAAGAAGAUUCUGGAAGAGUGGGGCGAGUCCUGCAAAGGCUGCGCCGAAAAGUCCGACUUCAUCCGCAAAAUCACAGAGCUCAUGCCCAAGUACGCUCCUGCAGCUGCCCAAGCACGGACAGAUCUGUAAUGAGGUCCAAAAACACAACCACGCAGCUUUGGACUUGACUUGGACCGGACUGCUAUCCAGUGAGAAGGUGGAGGAGGAGGAGGAGGACCAGGAGAAGAGGAAGAGGAGGGGAGUUUUUGUCUGACAUGUUUUACUCAGUCUUUUAGGCUUUUGGAGGUGUACACCCAUCUGGUAGUCCUACACUGAUUCAGAAGUAUAGAUACUGGUUUAUACAUGUGAGGCUGAUGUCACGUACUAUACUUUUAAAUCAAGUGUAAGACAGUGUUUGGAAUUCAUAGCUCUGAUUAAAGGGGAAAUGCGAGCAUUGGGAGCAGGCUUUCUACUGAUGUAGUCAAUACAGUACACAGUACGUUGGCUGACAACGACAUCCGUAUACACAAUAGUCCACUGAUAAAUCUUAAUGGAAUCAAGCAGUGAGCACCACUUCACCAGCCUCUGCCGACGCCACCCGUCAAGAUCUUAACGCCGAGACACUUCUUGGAAAGUUUUUGAAGAAUUGUGUUUCGUUUCCUCCCAACUUUUUCCCUGAUGAGUGAACAUGGAUGUUGAUCAACAGACACUUUAAGGAAAGGCUCAGAUUUUUUUCAAGUCCGUCUUAAAACAAUACUGAUAUAGGCCCUGUUCAGACCUGGCAUUAACAUGUGUCAUACAUGUACAUCAAAAUCAGUCGCUGCAUUUCCUCCUGUCUGUCCACACAGGCCCCGGAGAGUUCCCUUUCUAAUUUGAUCCCAAUGUGAGAGAUUGAGGACACAAUCCACAAUCCUGCUCUGUGCAAAAACUGCAUUUUAAAGUCCAUCUGAACUUAAUAUGAAGCCUCAGCUGAACAAUGAAGCACAUUUUGACAGAGGAUGGGGGACUGUGUAUUUUGUCCCCAAACACUUUCAUGGUAAUGUUUUGAACAGGAGGAAUGACGGCAACCAGAAACGGUUUCGAUGUACAUGUACGUGUUGUAUUAAGAUAGACUUGGGGGAGAAAAAGUGAACCCGUGACCACUCUACUGUAGAGACAUUCAGAUCUCCAACACUCUCCGCUUUUAACCUCCAUUUCAGUCUUUUUGUUUUUGAUUUACAGUUAACAAAGUCACCCAUAUUCCAACCCAGAGUCAUAGUCAAGUGCCAUUAUUAAAAAAAAACUGAACUUAACUAUACUUGUUUUCUUUAUCUUACCUUAUUUCUUUUAUCUCAAUCGUGAGAAUUUUUGCAGGACAACAGCACCAUGUGGCCUGGCCAGUAAUCCACAAGGAGUUAAACUCCGUUGUUAUGGAAAUGGCCCUGAAUACUCAGCAUUGCUAUUUUUACAAGAAGCAGCAAACAAUUGGCUUCUUCUCCUAGAAAAAUGCAGGUGCCACCUCACAAGUGCUUGUGUGAGUGUGAGUGAUUUUAAACCAAGCUACGUGAACUUUUGUACCAGUCAACAUUUUCUAAUUAUUUUCAGACUUCUUUCCCGAGACAAAGGUAUGCACAAAAAAAUAUCCUCGCAAAGGCCAUUGAGUAUGGGUGACUUAUGUUAAAGCACAUUUAACUAGUCUUUGUCACAGGAAGGUGCACCAGCCCUUCUGUCAGCAAAGUAAGACAUAUUUAGAAAAGAUAUUUAUUGAGGAUUCUAUUUUUUAAAGAUUUCUCUUCUCUCGUUUCUAAAAAGUGAAUCUUGUUUCCCGGCUUUGUUUUGGGUCUUGAUCCGACUGGUUACAUGCCAUGUAGUGCUGGUGUAAGUGUUGUGAAUGUUGUAACUCAUGAAAUGUGCUCCAGCUCCUCCACCUUCCUCUUCUAAGCAGCGCUGGGAUCACUUGCAGUGUAAUCCAAUCAGGAAUUGGAUAAUAGGAUUGUUGAAAUUUAGAAUAAAAAAAUGACUGGGGGGUGAACUAAUAUUUAAAAUGUUUGACCCCACUCACCCAAACCUCAAAUUCAGCUGUGCAAGGAUAUAUACGGUUCAUAUACAUGGAGGGAAAUAUAUAUAGUUUUCACCUGGCGGCAGGUGGAACUGAACUGGCCUCCAACACUGGGUCUUAUAACGCCCCCCCAUUCCACCCCACGCCCCAGGACUGUUGUGUCUUUCAGAAGGGAAAGGUAUUUUAUUGUUUGAUGUAAGCAAAUGGUGUGUACUCAAAAAAAGAAACAUGAUAAAAGGUUUGUCUUGACUUGAUAUGGGAAAUGAAAACUUAAAAUAUGCCGCUGUUUCACAUCGACCUUUUCAUGUAAGGCCCAGUCAUUUGUUACAACUGUACUAUUCUACUUUUUCAUUAAAAUAUGAAAAAAGCC